AUGGUGUUAUCUAGUGAUACUCGUGGAGAAGACGGCGAAUGCAAAUCAUUUGGACAUGAGCCUAAUCGCCCUGCUGUGCGUUCUGGCACAUAUAAGACUCCAAAGUCACAAUGUAAAGGUGGUGAGGACCUUGAAAAAGAUAUUUUAAGGAUCAGCGAUGAAGAGGGUACGUAUUUUAACACUAUUCAAAAAUUCAAACAAAAGUUUGACACUCUCAUAACGGACUUCUUUUACAUUGAUAACACCAAAACAAUUCUUAUUCGUUCGAAUGAGCAAGUUUGGAAAAGUGAUGACGAAGGUUAUUCAUGGGAGCUUAUUAAAGAACUUAAAGGCGUUAAAGUUCUUGCUAUGAUCCAAAAUCAAUAUUUUAAAGAACAUGCAUAUUCUACACAAGACAAUGGUGGAAAUUGGAAGCAACUUGAUGAUUAUGUUAGAAUUUGCUCGUGGGCACUCGAUACCAAUUUUGUUGUUGAUGAUAAAAAAUUUAUCUUUUGUCAAUCAUAUAAAAAUAAAAGAGGAUCACAAAAAUCGUUUAUCAACAAUCCACUUCAAUUAUGGUCAUCUCAUGACUUUGGUAACAGUAAAACUACAGUGUCUGAUGAUAUUGUUGGAUUCACUACUUUUGAACAAUACAUGGUAGUCGCUGAGGCCUUCACUAUUUUAAAGUCUGUCACCUCUUCUAUUAUAUUACAUGUUACCACAUCACCACAAGUUACCCCGUCACCUCAAAACCAAUGGGGGAAUAUUUUAAAAUCCAAUUCUAACGGAACCGAUUUUGUUCAAUCUUUGGAGUUCGCGAAUCGUAAUGAACUAGGCUUUGUUGAUUUUGAAAAAAUGAAAGGAAUUAAGGGAAUUGCUUUAGCAAAUAUAGUCGACAAUGUAGAUGAGUUAAAUAUGGGUGGUACCAAGAAAAAAUUGAAAACUAAAAUUACAUUUAAUGAUGGUAAACAACAAGAUGGUUGUUCUUUGCAUCUUCAUGGCUAUACUGAACGUCCAAAACCUCACGAUGCUUUUAGUUCUCUCUCUGCUGUGGGUUUGAUGAUGGGUGUAGGAAAUGUUGGAGAUCAUCUAACCUCCUACUCGGACGGUGAUACUUUCUUAACUCGAGAUGCUGGUAAAACAUGGGUUGAAGUAAGGAAAGGAGCACACUUAUAUGAAUUCGGUGACCAAGGGGCCAUUUUGAUCAUGGUAGACGAUGAGGGACCUACAAAUAGGUAUUCGCUUAACGCGGGUAAAACAUGGCAAGAACAUAAUUUCACACAACCGACGGAGCGUGUUCGAGUUCAUGCUAUUGCAACUUACCCUAGUGGUAUCAGUAAUAAAUUCCUUUUACAUGGGAGUUACGAAGGCGAUAGGGAUAAAGAAGUUAUAGUUUAUCUUGAUCUUUCUCCCAAGCUGCCCAACAAAUUACCAACAUUUAUUUCACGAAUCUUUUCAGGGAUUCCAAUACCAACUUCACGUUCUGGAUAUCAAUAUAGUCCUCUGUCACAAGAUGAUCACGGGGAAAAUCAUCUCGAAGUCUCCUUAGAUGAUUACAAUG